AGUACAGAUGGCGUUCAGUUCGCUUUGUAAUAUUCAGUGCUACACAUGUGUGUUUAUCCGAACGCACCAUCGCAACAAGACUGAUCGGGAGCCAUCAUUAAUUCUCAUUGCGCAUGCGAUUUCGUUGUGGAGCGCUUGUUUACUACGUGAUUUAGUUUUUCAUUUUAAAACAUGGUUUCACAUACCUAGUGUUUUUAAAACUUACGUGCAUUCCAAUCAUUAGUUAAAGACUUGUGUGUUUUAUAAUAAAAGCAUCAAAAUGAGUGGAAAUAAGAGGAUCAAUUUCGAUACAAAGAUCACGGAAGACGAGAACAUCGAUUCUGGUUUUCUGUCGGGACCUUUGGACGUGUACCCAGGAGAUGAGGAGGAUAAGGAGGCGGAGCGCCAGUCGGCCAGUGAGGAUAAGAAAGUGUUGAGUGAUAGUGCAGUACAGCCUAGCGAUAGCGAGCUCGACAGUGGUAUUCUGUGUUUAUCGGAGUGCCUCUCGGGCGUGCAGCUCACUGACACGCAGACCCCACACAUCGAGGUCUCUCCUCCAGAACAGAAGAACCUCCCACCUAUCGUCAUAUUCUUCCAACAGGACGCUGAUGGCGAUACACAGUUACACAUAGCGUCAGUCCACGGCUGCGAGAAGUCAGUAGGAACACUCAUAAGGGUGUGUCCAAACAAAGCGCUGUUAGACGUAGCCAACGACGACGGGCACACGCCCCUGCACCUGGCAGUGAUGAGCGGGAACGCCGUGGUCACCAGGAUGCUGGUGCACGCAGGCCUGUCGCUCGGAGCGCGCGACAGGAAAGGAGAGACACCCCUGCACAAAGCCACCACAAAAGGACACAUUGAAUGCCUACAAGCGUUACUCGCGCCUGUGCCAGAACAUCCUAGGACUAAGUUAUCAUCAGUACUCGACCAAAAGAACUAUAAAGGACAAGCAUGUGUGCACCUCGCGGCGUCGUCAGGGAACAUAGAGGCACUGCAGACGCUCGUCUAUUACGGCGCUGACAUCAAUCUAAGGGAGAACCUAGCGGGCUCGACAGCGCUGCACAUAGCGGCGCGGCGCGGCGACGCGCGGCUGGCGCAGUUCCUGCUGGAGCGCGGCGCGGCGCCGCAGCCGCGCGACUACGCGUCGCGCACGCCGCGCCGCCUCGCGCGACACACCGCCGCCGCGCGCGCCUUCACCAACCUCUCCGCAGACGACUCCGACUCCGACACCGACGACGAUGACGAUAUGUACGACAGCGACAGCGGCGACAGUCUGUUCGAGAGGUUGCGGGAGAGCAUGAGCUCCAACAACGUCAACCUGAAGGGAUGUUGCUAGAGCAGCGCGCAGGCGGGGCGACGCCCGGCAGCACACUCCGCGCCGCCCGCCGCCGGGAACUACUCGAUACACCACUACAGCGCUUAGUUACUAUUCCCCACAACACUCGACCAUGUCGGGUUGUCCUAGAAACAUUUUGAUCGAUUGUAGUCAAGUAUAGUCAAAUAGAUCUGAACAUUAUUUCCUUGCUUGUCGUUCAUGCUUAGACUAUUCGGGAGCUUAGACUAUUCAAAACUAAACUUGAGUACAAAGUAUCGGUUGCUAUUUACAUUAAUGAUGCCAUAAAACACUGUAGUGACCUACUUGAAGACAAACGGUUACAGCGAGUCUGUCCUUGAUUGUAUCUAUGCAAUUAUCGGAACAGGUUUUCCCAACCGUAACUGUAACAUAAUCAUAGUUAUAUUGACUAUCUGACUAGAUCGUAAGGGCAGUGCGCCCUCAGUAACAACAUGGCUGCGUGAAGGACAAGUUAGUAGUGCACAGUCUAAGCUCCGUGAGGCGAGGAUUUAGUCUUCACUCUCAUUUGUAAAUAUAACCGAGGGGAGAAGACAUGUUGCACGGUCAGGAAAUACGCUCCACCGUACACAAUGCUGGGAAUUUUCCGGAUAAUAUUAUAUGAAGUUAUAUUUAUACGGAUUUGCCCUCUAAUUUGUUUCACGGGACAAUUGUAUUUCAUGUAAAGUGAUUGGGAAUUUGAGACUGGUCCACGCAAUGUGGAAUUACCCAACGCUGUGUACAGUGGAACACGAAAUAGUUUUAAGUUAUUUUUAAGCCUCAUGUACAGUCGCGGAAAGAAUGUUAAGUUUAGAAAAUUAUUUAAAUAGUGUGUACCUGUAAAAAUCUGUUAUUUGUAUAUUUAUUAGAGUCGAAUAAAUGUUGAUUACGAUAUAAA